UAGACGUUUACCUCAAAUUUCCGCACUUUGAGCAGGCACCCUGGGACCAGCAGGAACCAUCAAAGUCUGCUCUCUGCUCUCUGCCCUGUUGCAGCUGCACUCAGUAAUAACAGAGAGCAAUAAUGGCUGCAUUUCUCGUUAGACUAAACCUCAGGAGAUGCCUCGCCUCGCAGAUCAGAAUGGCAUCUGAUCAGCUUGGCGAGUUGGGCAAGGGAGCAGGCAAAGGUGGAGGUGGAGGAGGCUCUGUGAGGGCGGCAGGGGGUGCAUUUGGAAAGCGAGAAGUGGCAGAAGAGGAGCGGUACUUCAGGCAGAAGGAGAAGGCGCAGAUGGAGGCGCUGAGGAAGCAUCACACAGAGGAGAUUGAACACACCAAAAAGGAGAUUGAGCGCCUACAAAAAGAGAUCGACCGCCACAAGGGCAAAAUCAGAAAGCUGAAACACGAUGACUAAAAGCGGGGAAGCCUGUUAUAUCAUAUUUCUCCAUCGGACCAUCUGAUUGCCAAGUCAAUCGUUAUCCAGUAUUGAUUGAUUUACCUGCUGGUCAAUGCAAAGGGCCUGUAUGAGACACUGACAUCAUAAAUGGCAAUAAAAUAAUAAUAGCUCUCAA